CAAAUUUUCUGAAAGAUUAAAAUUUGUCCCUGAUGUAUGGAGAUUGUAUAAAGUUCUGCCAAGAUGGAAUUGUCAUUGGAAAAUGUUGAAAUUUCAAAUGAUCCGGAAACCAAGGGAUUUAGUUUAUCAGCUGGAAAUACCUGGAUAUAUCCAGAAAAUUAUCCAGUCCGCCAGUACCAGUAUAACAUAGUUAAAGCAGCUUUAUAUCAGAACACCUUGGUUUGUUUACCUACUGGUUUAGGAAAGACUUUCAUUGCCGCUGUUGUGAUGUACAAUUUCUGGAGAUGGUAUCCAUUUGGAAAGAUUGUGUUCUUAGCACCGACAAAACCUCUUGUUGCUCAGCAAAUUGAUGCAUGUUAUGAAGUAAUGGGGAUUCCAAGUGUUGACAUGAUAGAACUUACAGGUGCAGUUAAUAAAAAAAAACGUGAAAUAGCAUGGCACAAGAAAAGAAUAAUAUUUGCCACUCCGCAAGUAUUUCAUAAUGAUCUGGAGAAAAAAAUUGUUCCCAGUCAUUUAGUCAAAUGUGUUGUUGUAGAUGAAGCUCAUAAAGCUUUAGGCAAACAUUCAUAUUGUGAGUGUAUUAAGAUAUUAUAUACACAGAAUCAGUAUUUUAGGGUAUUAGCACUUUCUGCUACACCUGGAAAUAAAAUAGAUAAUGUUCAUGAAAUAAUACAAAAUUUACAUAUUUCUCAUCUGGAAUUGAGAGAUGAGACUUCAAUCGACAUAAUGCCAUAUGUUAAUAAAAGAAAAGUAGAUAUUAUUUUGGUACCGCUUAGCCAUGAAUUAGCUGAAUAUAAAGACAAAUAUAUUAUUAUUAUGGAUCGCCAUGUUAAAUUUCUUAUGCAGUAUAAUAUAUUACGAGCUGAAACUGCGAAUAUAUCUAAAGGAAGGAUAUUCCAUUUAUUAAAAGAAUUUCAAGCAAAGACAGACAAAUCUGGAAAUUAUGGACAAAUUAUGAAGACAUUGAAUAUAUUAUUAACUAUGUAUCAUGCUUAUGAACUUAUGGUCAGACAUGGAUUGCGUGCCUUUUGUAAAUUUUAUCAAAAUCAUUCUGAUAAGUUUUGGAUGAAUAAUGAAAAUCAAUUGCAAAGUUUGCUUAAUGACAUAGAAGUUUAUCUUGGACCGUUCCCGGAUAUACUUCCUAAUGGAGACGUACCUGAAAUACCAGCAGAUCUCGUAUUUGGGCAUAAUAAGUUUCACAAAUUAAAAGAAUUGCUUGAGCAUCAUUUUAAAUACAAUAAUGAUCGACAAGACACAAGAGCUAUUGUUUUUAUUGAAUACAGAGACAUAGUCAAUGAAGUCUAUAUUUUGCUCUUGAAAUCAAAACCACUAAUCAGGCCACAGAUGUUUGUUGGUCAAGCUAGUCAAAAACAGAAACAACAAAUAAAAGCAUUGGAGGAUUUUCGAAGCAAUCAUGUCAAUGUGCUGAUUUCAACAAGUAUAGGUGAAGAAGGGUUGGAUGUAGGAGAAGUAGAUCUCAUAAUAUGUUUCGAUGUGUCGCAACAUUCUCCAAUAAGACUAGUUCAAAGAAUGGGUAGGACGGGACGCAAACGAGAUGGUCAUAUAAUUGUUCUUGUUACAGAUGGAAAGGAGCACGAGAAUUUGAAGUCUACGCUUUCUAAAAGAGAUUCUUUGAACAAUAAAAUAUUAAACACAAGCAAUAUAUUCUCUUCCUUAUAUGAAAAUAACCCUAGGAUGAUACCAAAUCAAUUUACUCCAGAAUGUUACAAGAUGCAUAUUAUUGCACCAAAAACACCAAGGGGUAAAUGGAAAGAAAAGGAAAAUGAAAAAAAGAAAAUCAAUAAAAGUGAAACAUUUACUACAAAACAGAAAGAAAUUUCAUCUAUAAAAAUAAAUACAAAUCAGUCAUCGAUGAUGAAGUUUCUUACUAAUAGUAAAUGCAAUGAACAGAAUCAGAAUAAUACGUGUAAUAUUUUUACUCAAUCAAGAACACAAUGUAAUAACCUGCAAAAUACAAUAAAUCCUAAUAACGUCAAACUGCUAUCUGAUGACAAUGCAGGAAAUGAUUUUCUGACAUUAUGCGCAAUAAAGAGGUCAGAGGAAGAAAUAUCUUCCAAAACUGUACAUAAAAUGGAUACGACUUAUGUUCCUACGCCAAAGCCAGUUAAAGAUUUGUUCAAUUUUGUAUUACCUGAUAUACAAGUUAUUGAUUGUUUCUUUAUGAAACUUGAAGAUAUUUCAGCAGAACGUGAAGAUUGUAAAGAUUUCCUAACACAAAGUAAAAAUAAUGAAAAUGAAAAUAUUCAUAACAAUAAUGAUUGCAUUGAUAUUAAUGAUGAUAACUUUUGGUGUACUAUCCGAAAUGAGAAAAACAUUGAUAAUAAUGAAAUAAGAUUCGAAGAUAUACUUGACGAGAGUUCUGACUCGAAUAGAACAACAAUUUCAUAUCCGGAUCAACAAAUUAGAGAUAUUGAAAUAAAUUCGAAUAAUAUUAAAGUUUCUGUAUUUGGUGCAAAAGAUGAUAAAAUUAUGACUGAUGUAGGAGUAGAAAUACCAAAUAACACAAUAGAUCUAGAAUCUAGUUUAUUCGAGAACAUAUUAAAUGAGUCAUUUAGUUCAAUUGAAGAUAAUUUAGAAAAUGAGGAUAUGCCACAACAAAAUAUAGUAUCUUCAAACUCUUCAAGUGUUAUCGCUAAUAUAAAAAAAAUUAACAUUACUGAUGAAAAUACUAUUAACACAUUUCACAACAAAAAUAAUACUGAAUCUAAUUCAAAUUUAUCAUUAUUUAUAAAACCUGCUAAACCUCAAAGAAAUCAAUUUAUGAAAAAUUUUAUAGACGAAAUACAAGAUUUUGAUUUUAAUAGUGAUGAUGAUAUAAAUGAAUUUGUUAGGCAUGAAUCGAACAGAAAUAAAUCUAAACAUAAUUCAAAGGCAGAGGAGAGUCUGUUAUCUAUAACUCAAGCUAUUAAUGAAAUAGCAGGAACAAAAAAAAACUUGAAAGUAUCGUCGAAAUCUGUAUGUAAGGAAGAAUCGAUUAACGAAGAUAACACUGGCUGGAUUUCAGUGAAUACUAAGAAUGAAACUAAAAUCGAAAAAAGAAACACGAGUUCGAAAAUAGAAGAAAAAUUAUCAGAUUUUUGCAAUUCUACUGCAAAAUCAUGUACUGUUGAACAGAAUUUCGAUUUCCCGGAUGAUUCUGAUGAAGACUUUAUGAUCAUAGAGAAUAACGCGAAGAAAUUUAAUGAACUUGAAAGCUGUUAUUUUCACGAUAUAUCCAAAAACUGGGAAGAUGAGAGUAAUUGGUUGCCUAGUACAUCGAAAAAUUCGGAAGAUAAAACCAACUAUUUUGAUAAUACGUCGAAAAAUAUGAAACCGUGUGGUACAUCAACGCCAACCAGUAGUAGACGUGCAGGAUUGUCUUUGAAACGAAAUAAGGUCCAACAUCUAGAUAAGAUAGAUUUGAGUGUAUUUCAAGCACCUAAUAAAUGCACUAAUAAUAUACAAAAUAAAAAUAUUUUGGAAUCUAGCUCGCCAAAGCACAUGUUCUCUGAUAAAAUAAUUGCACAAAAAAUCAGUCAUAAAUAUAAACGUGAAAACAAUGUUAAAAACGAAUUUAUAGAUGACGAAGCGGAAGUAGAUUCUGACGCCAGUUCGGAUGAAAUCAUUAAUAUAAAUGAAGAGGAGUUUGCGGAUUUUGUGAGCUAUACACAACAGCAAGAUGAAGUUGACAUGCACGCGCAUUAUCUGCAGACUAUUAAGAGCCCGAUCAAACGACCGGGCGCCUUUCAUUUCAGAAAACCACGGUCGCCCGAUGUAAAUACAGAGAUUUAUUCGCAGCCUUUGUCACAAGUGCAGGAUUCGUAUCUUUAUGAUUCAUUUUGUGUUAAAGAUGUCGAAUCAAGCGUUGUCAAUAACGAUACAAUAUUAGAAAGAGCUGAAAGAGAAUUAAAACGAAACAGGCGAAGACAUUUUUGUUCAGAUAAGAUGAAACAUGUCAAAAGACAAAAAACAAAUCAUUCUGAGAGUAGUGAGGAUGAAAUUGAACAACUGCGCAUACAAGUGCAAGAAGAUUAAAAAUAAAGAAAGGAAUAAAAUUUGAAUCAAACUGUGAUGCGUCGAUGAUAAUUAUACGCAAUAAGAAAUUUAUUUUUAAAUUUGUACAAAGCAUGUGUAAAUACUCGUUCGUUAAAGAUUUAUUAUUAUUUUUCAUAAUAAAAUUAUGUAAAGAUCUAUCUUUAUAAUCAGAUAACAAUGAUUUAUGAAUAAUAGUAUAUUUGUUUUUCUCUUGCGAAAUGCGUGAUUUCCCGUUUCAUCCAAAAUCCGUGUGUUUUUUCCCAUUACUUAUUCUAAUGAUAUUUUUAUGAUUUAUCAUUGUUCAGCGAGAUAUUUACAUAGAUUAUAUCCGCUUU